UUGACACUCGACUUCACGUGCAGCAUGGCAGUGCGCUACUGAUUGUUUACAUCGGUCUUUCUUAGAGCACUUUCCUGAUUUUGACUAUUAAAACGGCCCCUCCGUGCGAGAAAUGCUAAUUCUGCGUAAGGCGCUUCAAACUAUCAAGACACCUCGAUUCGACACAUAGGAAGCUUUAGCGCGGCAAUGGCUGAAGCUCUAGCAAAACAUGAAGCCGAACAAAAGGCAUUUCAGGCGAAAAAGCAGCCAUAUAAGCCACGCUACAACGGCCGAGUAAAGAAAAGACAAUGGGAACAAAGUUCCGAAACAGAAGAAGGCGCGAGCAAGCGACCGGCCAACUUCGAUCCGGCUGACCGCGUGAAACGACGUAAAUAUGCAAUGCUCCUUGGCUACAGUGGGGCAAACUACUUCGGAAUGCAACGGAAUCCCGGCAUGAAGACAAUUGAGGAGGAUGUAUUUAAAGCAAUGUUCGAAAACAAACUCGUCACUGAAGAAAUGUUCAACCAGGCGCAGUUGAUUCAAUUCCAACGAGCUGCUCGCACUGAUAAAGGAGUCUCCGCUGCCCGACAAGUUUGCUCUUUAAAAUUCCCUGACGAGUUUGAUUUGAAGGCCCUAAAUGCAAGUCUUCCGGACGAAAUUCGGAUUUUUAGUAUUGUCCGCGUGACGAAAGGAUUCAAUUCGAAAGAUCAAUGCAAUUCUCGGACCUAUACAUACACCUUGCCGACGAUCUCCUUUGCUGAGCACCAGGAAAAGGAAGUCCAAAUGGAAAGUUAUAGAGCACCGAAAGAGAGAAUCGACCGUCUCAAUGAAAUUUUAAAGCAGUUCGAAGGCACGAAGAACUUCCACAAUUUUACAAGUCGAAAAGAUUUCAUUGAUCCAUCGUCCAAACGCUACAUCAUGUCCUUUGCAUGUUGCGAACCAUUUCUCAGCCCCGAUAAUAUUGAAUUCGCCACAAUCACAAUCCAAGGACAAAGCUUUAUGUUACAUCAAAUCCGUAAAAUGGUUGGUUUAUCUCUGGCCGUCCUUCGUGGCCAUACAACCGAAGAAACGAUAAAACGUUCAUUCACAGAAGAACGUCUUGACAUACCAAUGGCUCCGGGUCUAGGGCUGGUACUUGACCGAAUUCAUUACGAUCGAUAUAAUGAACGUUACGGACAAGAUGGUGUGCACGCACCAUUGACGUGGGAGAAAGAGGAACCUGAAAUUCAAGAGUUUAUUAAUAAAUAUAUUUUUCCAACUAUUUAUAAUAUUGAAAUGAAGGAGAAACCAAUGGUGGCGUGGCUUGAGACGUUAGGAUUUCAUUCAUAUGAUGUGAGGACAGAUCAACAAGUGGAUGAGGCGGAGGAAAUCCGUGAGAUUAAGGCUUCGGAAUGCUCAACGGAGACGGCUGAAGUGCAAAAUGACACUGAGACAUCUAACUUGCAGACAGUUUAGCUGUAAAUUGAACAAGUUUUGUAAUGUGGGUGAGAGUAAAUGUACGGCUAGCGAAUGCAUUGUAACGAAUAAAGCUCAUUGUUUUAUAAAAUGGAA